AUGCGCCUGUUCCUGUUCCACUCUAUACUCGCAGCUCCACCCCUCUCUCAGACGACUCUCGUCCUGGCGCGCCGCUAUCUGCGUGGUAAGGAGAAUCGACCUCCUCGGACUGCCUUGAUCACCCAGCCUUCGUCUUCCCAGCCUUCGUCUUCCCGGCCCCACAACACUACCUCCUUUGAUGGUUCAUCCGAGAUGAAGACCCCAAAGCAUGGUCGAUCAGGACAUGCCAAGGCAGAUGGAUUUGCAACCGCUUCUACUGAGGGGAAAUAUGUCGAGUCUCGCAGCGGAGCAGCCGCUUCGGAUGAUGACGAUGACUUCAUGCCCACCUUUGAACCGUUGCUUGCCCACAUUGAACGAUCCUCGGAUAUUCACGGUAUUGUAAUCCCUGGUCGCACGGAACCCAUCAAGCUCAGCGCCUAUGCAGACGACCUCAUGACACUCAUCUCCUCUACAACCGAAUGGUCAGCAUUGGAGGACAUCCUACUGACCUAUGGCCGCGCAUCCAACGCCAAAGUCAACCUGUCCAAAACCAUGGCCUUCCCUAUGGCUCCCUCCUACUCCAAAGAACUGUAG